AUAGACACCUUUUAGGUCUUGGACGACGCACCUGCGUCGCCGACGGCGGCGGUAUCAUCGGUGAGCGGACGCGCGGCCGGCCAGGCGAGCGUGAUCCUCGAUCCAAGAGGUCGGUAGGGAUCGAGAUGACCGGGUGCCUGUGGCCGUGCGUGGGAGCGGCGGUGGCUGGGCAUGGGGCCGGCCAUCGGAAGGCGGGGCUGUUCCGCUCCAAGCCCAGGACCCCCGCGGAGGUGGUGCAGCACGCCAGGGACCUAGUCACCUACAUCCUCGACAACAAGGACGGCUGCGGCGCCGGCAAGCGCGACGCCAAGCAUGAGCACAGGAUGGUAGAACUAAGCAAAGAAGUCAAGGAGAUGAAAGGCAUUCUGUAUGGUAAUGGCGAAGAAGAUCCUUGUGAAGAAGCAUGCAAGCAAUUGACUAAGGAGUUCUUCAAGAAGGACACUGACACCUUCCGUCAACUAAUUGUUUGCCUUCAAUAUGUGGACCUGGAAACGCAAAAGGAUAUUACACAAGUGAUAGCAAAUUUGCAAAGGCAAAAGGUUGAUUCAAGAUUGGUUGCCUCUGAUUACUUAGAAACCAACUUGGAUCUUUUGGAUAUUUUGAUGUCUGGGUAUGGAAACUUGGACAUUGCAAUACAUUAUAGUACUCUAUUGAGAGAUUGCAUACGCCACCAAGUUGCUGCAAGGUACGUACUGGAAUCUCCACACUUUAGGACUUUCUUUGAUCAUAUACAGUUUCCAGACUUCAAUGUGCAAUCAGAUGUUUUUAAAACUUUUAAGGAACUCAUGACACGGCAUAAAUCAACUGCUGCUGAGUUCUUUUCCAAGAAUUAUGAUUGGUUCUUUGCGGAAUUCAACUCGAAACUGAUAUUAUCUGCUUCCAAUUACUUCAUCCGGAGGAAAGCCAUUCAGCUCUUGCGAGACAUUCUUUUGGAAAGGUCAAACGCUGCAGUGAUGGUGCGCUAUGUUAGUUCGAAAGAGCAUCUCAUGAUUCAAAUGAACCUUCUAAGGGAUGAAAGCAUAGCCAUUCAAGUAGAGGCUUUCCAUGUCUUCAAGCUGUUCGUCGCUAACAAGGAGCAGGCACCUGAGAUCACCGGCAUACUGCUCGCCAACAGAAGCAAGCUCCUGAGGUUCUUGAAAGACUUCACCACCGUCGAGAAAGACGACAAGAAGUUCGAAGCCGAUAAAGCUACGGUCAUCUCGGAGAUCCUAGCGCUAAAUGGUGCUGAAAAGUAAUAGAAAGACAAGUUGAAAGCAUCGCGAGUUCGCGACGUGCAAAGAGCAGUAGCCAGCUAGUGUCUGUCUCCCUGUGUUUGUGUUUCAUGCAUGCAUAAUCGAGUGUGAAGGUGAAAGCCCGGUGCGGGCUCAUUGGUUUCUUUUAAUUUGGGCCCACGCGGCGCCGCGCCGCGCCACAAUUGAGCGCGCAGCGUGAUGCAGUGCUGACAGGUUGUUGUCUUUGCGACAAAUUGUCUUUUAAUUUAUCUGUUGCUUCAG